UUUCGCUGUAUAGACAUGGAUGUGUGUCGUGUAUGUGGUGAUGGAAAUGCCAAAACUCACUAUGGUGUCGUUACCUGUUUCGGUUGCAAAGGAUUUUUCAGAAGAACAUUGAAGAGACCAUCAGAAUAUCAAUGUCGCCAUAAUGGCACUUGCGUUGUGGAUCGACAUGAACGAAAUUCCUGUCGAUAUUGUCGCUUUAAAAAGUGUAUCGAAGUUGGAAUGGAUCCAAAAGGUACAUUUUUUUCUUACCUCAUUUUAGCUGUGCGACCUGAUCGUGACGCCACCGGACGGCAUUAUCAAGGCCGACAGCGUCGGUCCAAGUUGAGUGCUGACGAUGAGGGCGAAGUGGAUGCAGAAUGGAUACGUAAACUUCCUGUCGAUAUGAGAACAACGCUUAUGCAAAUCAUGAAUAUCGAUCUUAUGGUGGGAAGCGGAGAUGGUAACAGAGACGGUAUGGCGUCGUAUCCGCUGAAUUUUACGUCGAUACGUCAACUACUUGAGGAUCCUUCGGUAUUGGACGGGAAACGCACCGAGGUUUGUGAGGCUAUCUCUAUUAGAAUGGCAAUGAACGAAGGUUUUCAGAUGCGUUAUGAUUCCUUCCGAGAAGUGGAAGCCGGAGAGCUACCCGCCGUGGCCCAUCGCAACUUAUUGUCAGCAAUCGAUUGGGUCGACCACCUAUUCGAUAUUAUUGACAUACAAAAUCUUGAUGAUAAGGUACGUUUGGGGUACUUCCAGGUCGCUACGGUAAAGCACUCUUUCGCUCCAUUGAUGGUGUUUGGCUACAGUGUGGUAACGGCGAAGAACACCAAACAACCGGAUAUCGUAUGCGUAUGCAAUUUCGGCCAUGUCAAGAGGGAUUGCUGUCUACGGUGGACUGAACCAUACCAUUUCGCCAAUCGUUUAGCCGAACGCUCUAUCGACGAACUUAUCAGUCCCUUCCGUCGGAUGAACAUUAAGGAAGAGGAAGCUGCUCUGCUCAAAGCGAUAAUCAUAGCCAAUCCAUACAUACAAGGGCUGUCGUCAGAAGCAUCAGAAGCCAUUGCUGAUUUGAGGGAUCGACUUCAGGAGACACUCUAUCAUGUCGUUCGUGAAACGCAUCCGAAAGAAGUGGCAUCAGCUCGUUUUGGGAAUCUCUUACUCUUUAUACCGAGCGUCAUGAUGUUGGGUACGGUAGUCUGUGACAAUUUGGAAAUCGUCGACUCGUUCGGACGUAUGCCUGAUCGCCUUAUGCACGACGUUCUUCAAGAAUUCAUAGCCGAGGACAUUUCUACGAAUAGCAUGUUUAGGAAACCAACGGCCUUCCACAAGAACCUCAGCUUCCGUCCGAGCCCAACAUGCUUCAUUCGGCAUCGUCGACCUCGAUCGAAUCACUUUCCAGUUACAGCUAUAACAACGGAGGCUCCGGAUUACCGUACAAAGCCUGUCUAUAUUUAUUUUAGCCUCUCCAGUAAUUCCCUACCGUCAACGUUGUCAAACUUUGAAGUAUCCAUAAAUGGAGCUUCAUCAAUGCCAAAUCUGGAUCAGAUGCCUGACUGUGACCCGGACUAUAAUGUCACACUCACUCCGGACAUGUACUGCGGUGAGCUUGAAAGCCUUAAAAAGAUUGCUAAUGAUUGA